AUGCCUAAGUCAAAGGAACUUGUGUCUUCAAGCUCAUCUGCCAGUGAUUCAGAUAGUGAAGUUGACAAAAAGGCAAAGCGGAAAAAGCAAGCAGCUCCAGAAAAGCCUGUAAAGAAACAAAAGACUGGUGAAAGUUCAAAAGGUGCAGCUUCUUCUAAGCAAAGCAGUAACAGAGACGAGAAUAUGUUUCAGAUUGGCAAAAUGAGGUAUGUCAGUGUUCGUGACUUUAAAGGGAAAGUCUUAAUUGAUAUUAGAGAAUAUUGGAUGGAUCAAGAAGGUGAAAUGAAGCCUGGCAGAAAAGGUAUUUCUUUAAAUCCAGAACAGUGGAACCAGCUGAAGGAACAGAUUUCUGAUAUUGCUGAUGCAGUAAGAAAACUGUAAAGACAGAGCCAUACAGAAACUUUUAUCAUUUUAGUUGUUUUAAGCGGUCUUUUUACAUUGGCUUUUGUUUUCUAAAAUAUUGUUUUCCAAGCUAUUGUAUAUUUGGAUUGCAAAAUGAUUUGUAAGAUGAAUACUUUUUUUAUGUGCAUUAAAAGUGUAUUCUGAGUGAGGCUAUUUGUGUAUACUUUACUAAAAGGAAAUGUGUUGCUUUCACCUCAUGGUGUAAAAUAAACAAAUCAAAUAAUAUGUAAAGCA